AUGCAGGACCCAAGGUUAUCUAAAGCCACAGGCCAAAUGGUGGAAAAUUCACCAUCACCAUUGCCAGAAACAGUGAUUUAUGGCUUUGUUCGUUUCUUAAGCUCUCAAUUUGGCUUCAUACUAUAUCUUGUGUGGGCUUUUGUUCCUGAAUCUUGGCUAAACUCCUUAGGCUUAACCUACUGGCCUCAAAAAUACUGGGCAGUUGCAUUGCCUGUGUACGUCCUCAUUACUGUAUUAAUCGGUUAUGUGCUUUUUUUGGGAAUGAACAUGAUGAGUACCUCUCCACUCAGCUCCAUUCAUACAAUCACAGAUAACUAUGCCAAAAAUCAACAGCAGAAGAAAUACCAAGAAGAAGCCAUCCCAGCAUUGAGAUACUCCUAUUAG